GGGCCUUUCCUUCCUGGUGCGUCACACCUGAGUUCUCGAGGGGUUCCCAUCUUCUUCUCCAUACCCUGCUGUGUACCCCAGGCCUAUCCCUGCUGCUGUGCUGUGUCCCCUGAGCUGCUGCCGGUGUCUGCUGGGAAGCCAAGGCUGGGAGCAACGGGAGCAUCUGCUGCGAGCCAUGGCUUCACAGGAGGACACAAAAGCGUGGGAUGCAAAGGCACAGCUCCUGGCAAAAGAAUUUGAGAAGGAAGGACUGGAUGCUAGAUACUGGCUGCCCAAAGCUUCACAGAUCCUGGGAAUCAAGUGCACAGAAGCCCUGCAACAUCUGCAGUAUGAGGACUACCUCAAGCUGGAGUGUGAAGUGCAGCAUCCCUGGGAGAAAAAGGCACUCCAGAAACUCCUGAAAAUAAAAGAUGACAAAAUGACCACUAAAGAGGUGCAGAAGGAGCACUUGGAGAAGACAAAGCAAAGACAGGAAGAGGCCAAAAAAGCCCUGAAGGAUCUGACAGAAAUGCUCAAGAGCCCCAGCCACAGCCAGGAUGCUCUGAGGGAGAAAGCAGAGACUCUGUGGCGAGCCAUGGAGAUUCCCAGAGAGUUCUGGCCACAGCCAAAGAAGCCCUUGGAGGAUAUGCUGGAGAGCAUCCAGAAGCAGCAGGAGCAGCAGGAGCUGUCAGCAGGCAGGAAGGAGAACAUCCCUGACACGGAGGUGCUGAGGCGGGCGUCAGGGGGACUGGCCCUGCAGGGCAUCUACAGAACCAGCAGACCUGAAGAUGUGCUGGCAAAGCGAGAGCAGCUCCUCAGGGUUCCUGAGGGGUUCCAGCUGGCUGGUCCAGAGCAAGGAUCGCUGCUUGAGAGGAAGGAGUUCUCCUCCUCUGCAGCAGAAUCCACUUUCACCAAGUCCAUGCAGCAGCUGGGGUUCAGCAUGAGCGUUUCUGCCAAAUGCUCAUUCGGGGGCUUUAGUCUGGGUGAGAGUGUAGAUCAUAGCAGCUCCUCACAGUCACAGGACACCCACCAGUCCCACUCUGAGCAGAGCUACUUCACCUUGGUGAAAAUGUGUGAGAGCUUCUUCAGCAGGUUUGGGUCCCACAUAAACCAGGGUCCCCUCCACUUUGGGGGGAUAUUCUGGUGGAAAGCAUCUACAGAAGGAUUCCGAGCUGAGCAGCGGGAAGAGAUGAAGCGACAAACGUCUAAAGCACUGAACAGUUUUGUUGGCGCCAGCUGGGGUGGCUUCGGGGCCAGUGUAGAAGGGACCCUGGGUGUUUCUAAACCCAGCUCAAAGGCUUCUGUCCAAGGAAGAGCCCGAGAGAGUUCUCAUAAAGCAAUUCAGCUCUACGUGGUCAACACCGGGGGCCCAGCAGACACAGCUUCCCUUCCUCAGUGGAAAACGGGGCUCGUGUCUGAUAACACAACGUGGUGCGUUAUCGACCGUGGCUUUGAGCUGAUCCCAGUGUGGGACGUCAUCCUGUGCAAUCACUGCAGGGAUUUUAAGUCUGUUGGUCAGAUGAGCAGAGCCCUCAGGGCUGCGUACAAAGCGCUGACGAAUCAGAGCAUUGGCACCGUUUUUGGAGAGGAGCUGGGCAGUGCAGUGCAAGAGGCCAGAGAUUUCAUGGGGACUGUGACAGCCUGGGAGGUGACCAUGGAUGAAAAGAAGCUGCUCAUGCUGAUGGAGCUAAAAGAUUAUCUGAGUGCAAAAACCAGGAACCCCAGUGUGUGGAUCAACGUGUGCCUGUCGAACAAAGCCCUGCAGGACUUCCUGCUGAACACCGUGCGGAGCUGCCAGGAGUCACCUCCAGAAAACACCACCUCUAUCAAGGUAAUGUUGAGAAGCCUCCUGAAUCCUCAUAUCUACUCUGUCAAGGACUUCCCUGAGGCUUCCUCCAUUAUGCAAUGGAUCUUCCAGACUGAGCACCCGCAUCCCAGACCACCCAAAGUCUCUGAGCUUCAAGAGCUCAUCAAGACACUGCAGCAAAUGAAGGAGCACAUCCAUGCUGUCACCUACAGACCAGGAAGCUCUGCUUCUGACGUUCAUGAAGCAAAGAUAGAAGCCACCCUGACCAGCAGCCUCACCAUUUACUCCUUACUGCAGUCUCUCCAGGAACAGGCUCAGAAGGACAUGGAACUGUUGGUGCUCUUGAUUGUGACCAGCACAGGGUACCAGGUGGAAAGCAGCACUUUUCAGCACCUCCUUGGACACCCAGAAAUUCAGUACAUGGCUGAGGAAAUGGAAGUGGCACAUGCGGAGUACGUGAACCUGAAGGAGCAAGAUGCCAACAGAGCUCAGGCCUUCCUCCUGCUGACAGGACUGAUUGUGACACCUGAAAGUCAAAAGCUGUCCCCUGAGCAGAAGAGGGAGCGUUUAGUUUUCAUGGAAGAUCACAUGAAAGGCUUGUGGUCCACACGGAUAAAGAAUCUCCUCCAAAAGCACAGUGGAGACGAAGACUGGGAGAGGCUGGAACGGGACUUGGACUCCUUGAUCAGUGCAUGCUUGGAUGACAAAUGGGAGGAACAGAGGAUGCAGAACAUACUCAGAGACCUGGAAGACACUUUUCCGACACCUGAGGCCCCUUGUCAGUCCCAGUCCAAGUCAGACAGCAGGGAAUCCAAAGCAAAUGAAGCCAUUGCAAACCAGGAGUUCCUCCAGUUGCUCAAGCGCCUUGGACUGGAAAGUCACUAUCCAAGGAAAAUGGGGAUGGGAGAUUUCCGCACCAUCUGCAAGACAUCUCUGCAGGACAGCCAGCCCAGCCAGGACAAGGAACUGCCAUUGUACUUCUUGCAAAAGCUGUUAACUGUGGAUUACCGGGUGAGGUACCUGACUUAUUGGGAAAGGAGCAACCCAAAACUUGCAGCCCUGCCACAAACCAGGAAGCAAGACAACCAACAAUCAGACUCCUUUGAAAACUUUCUUGAUAAGCUGAUGGAAGUCGCCCCUGAACAUGCCAGCAGGGACGACCAUGUGCACCCCAUGGACCUGCAGAUGGCCAUUUUCCACUGUGCUGAUGACUUCCUGAGACAGACCCUGGCAACCAAGCUGGCGUUCUGCCAACUGGCGCUGCCUCUGCUGCUGCCCAACCCGAGCACUUCACACAUCGAGUUCCCGCUCUACGCCCUCAGCCAAAUCCAAAGGAGCUGGAAAGAGGUGGAGAAGUCAGGAAAGCAGGCCCAAAUAAAGAGUUACAGUAACAAACUCAUCUUUCAGGCACAGACACCCAUUGUGUCCUUCAUCCGCAUUGGCAGCUCCGCCUCCUCUUCCAAGUCCCAGCUCCUGAACGCUCUGCUGAGCAAACGCAAACACGACACUUUCUUCCACCGCCACUGCAGAGGCAGCACCAGACAGCGUUUGCUGAUGGAAGGGCUGGUGGAGAUCGCCUGGUACUGCCCCCGUGCAAGCCCUGAUGACAUCUUUGAGCGCUGCGUGGCUUUCUGUAACCUGCAUGGAGACGCCAGGGAUCACGGAGCACAGCUGCAGUUCCUGCAGGAGAUAUCUGCUGUCAACGUGGCUCUUGUGUCUGAUUGGGAGCACAUGGACAGCAGGGGGAAAAAGCUUCUGAACUGGCUGUGUCAGUCACAAAGUCCUUUGGUUUGUCUUCUCACGGAAAAAGAGAACAUUGCAGCUGGACAAGUCAGCAAAAACAUAACAAUAGGGAUCAAGAACAGAAAUGAAGCAGAACUGAUGGAGCAGCUGACCAAGACAAUUGGGGAUCUCCUGGAAGGGUGUAAUCCAUGUAUCAGCCUGGAGGCCUGCAUGGACAAAGCUCGCCAGCACGGAUUCACAGUGGAUGCAGAUCAACCCGCGUGUGUGACAGGCAAAGCAAAGGCAAAGGAGCUGGUGGAGCUUCUGAAGAAAGAGAAGCUGUCUGAGAUCAAAUCCCGGCUGCUGCCACUUCAAGGAAAACUGUGGUACCAGUGGUGCCAAAAGGACAAAGAACUCACUCGCUUGCAGGAGAAGAGGAACAAGAGCAUCGAACAUCACCGCAGCCAAAUUGAAAAUGAGAAGAAAGCAAUAAGAAGAAAGCAACUGGAGCAAGCUUUCCCACUCAACCCACUGAUGAAAUCAUUCCUUGGCUUUCUCCAGGCCCAGCCAGCAGAUACCAAGAAAUACUUCCUGCAGUGGAUGAAGGUCUUUAUUGACGAACUGUCCUGUGGUUGCCUUGAAGAACUGAGGAGAGACUAUCACAACUUAUGGUCUGAAAUCCUAUCAAGAAAGAAAAGCAAGAAAAAACCCAGUGGCAAUGAUGCAUUGGUGAGUCAGUUGGAUGCCCUCUCUGAUGAAAUCAAUGAUUCAUCCAUUGGCCUGGAACACCUUCUUAGAGAGAUAGGGCAAAUUUAUGAAGCUCUGGAAUUAAUAAGCUGUAAGAAAGACAAUUUUGUCAAACUGCCGGAAAUUGCAGCAGAGCUGAUGGAUUUAGGAUAUUCUGUGGAGCUGAUGGAUGGGGACGCUUCUUACCUGCCCUUGCGCUGGGUGGGAGCAAUCUUUGACAGCUUAAUUGAGAGGCUGGGGGACAAACGAGUGUUUGUGCUCUCCGUGCUCGGCAUCCAGAGCACAGGCAAGUCCACCCUGCUGAAUGCCAUGUUUGGUCUGCAGUUCAACGUCAGCGCAGGGAGAUGCACACGCGGAGCCUUCAUGCAGCUCAUCCCAGUGGGCAAGGAGCUGCAGCAAGACUUGGGCUUUGAUUUUGUGCUGGUGGUUGACACAGAGGGGCUUCGUGCCAUCGAGAUGGCCAACAAACAGUCCCUGAACCAUGACAACGAGCUGGCCACCUUUGUCAUUGGUGUUGGCAACGUGACUGUGAUCAAUAUCUUUGGAGAAAAUCCCUCCGAAAUGCAAGAUGUUCUCCAGAUCGCUGUGCAGGCUUUCCUGAGGAUGAAAAAAGUCAAUCUUUCCCCAAGCUGCCUCUUUGUCCACCAAAACGUGGGAGAAGCAACUGCCAAGGAGCAGAACAUGGAAGGACAAAGGCGCUUGCAGGAAAAGUUGGAUGAAAUGACCGUGGUAGCUGCUCAGCAGGAAUUCUGUGACGUCUCCUCCUUCAGCGAUGUCAUUGCCUUUGAUGUGAACACCCACAUUCACUACUUUGCUCACCUGUGGGAAGGAAACCCCCCAAUGGCACCACCCAACCCCACCUACAGCCAGAACGUCCAGCAACUCAAGAGCAAAAUCUUCCAGGCUGCCAAGAAUCAGUCGCAGCACAGCAUUUUGAGGCUCUCGAGCCUGAAAGAUCGUAUUGGUGACCUCUGGAAUGCUUUGGUGAAUGAAAACUUUGUUUUCAGCUUCAAGAAUUCCCUGGAGAUUGCUGUGUACAGGAAACUGGAAAGUGCCUUUAGUCAGUGGACAUGGAGGCUGAGGAGUCACAUCUUAGAUGUACAGAUGAGACUGGACAACAAAAUUCGGAAUGGGGACAGGCAGAAUGUCACCAGAGAACACCUUGAAGGGCUGGUGCGAGAGACAAGUGAUGCCAUUGAGAAAGAAGUGGAAAAGUAUUUCAGGGAAGACAAAGACUGUGAGACACUGAUCCAGUGGAAAUCAAGCACAGAGCUGAAGCUGAAAGAACUAAAAGAGACGCUUCUUCAUGAAACAAAAAAGAAAUGUGAGAAUCUUAUUGGGCUACAGAAGGAGCAGAGGAAACUGGAUGCAAGGAAGUUGCAAUAUGAAGAUGAGCUCCUGAGAAAGAGUCGGGAGCUGGCUGUGAGUCUGAAAGGAAAGAGCCUCAGGGAGAGAGAACUGAUGGACAACUUUACUCUUGUCUGGAACAAGUGGAUUGCUGAAGUCUCGCGUGAGGUUCGCCCUCCAGAACAGGUGGAUAUUGAUGCAGAAAUUGAAGAUGUCCUUGUGGAGCACUUUAAGGAGCCGGGUAUCCAUGCACGGAUCAGGUCAUUUCCCAAAGACAGGGGAUUUUAUUUGGAUCCAGAGAAACACAUCAUGAAGAAAAGGUCUUUUAGCUUUUUCCCAGAUUUCCGGAGCCUUUCCAAUGCUGAUGUGAUCAACUUUCAGCACAUCACAAACAACAUCAUAGAGUGUGUGAUGGCAAACAUUGAUAAGAAGGAAGAGGAGAAACAGGAUUACAGUAGAAAUUUUAUUCAUGAAAUACUCAAUGAAGUACAGAAAGGUGUGAUCUCUGUCCCCAGCAAUGGAAAAUGUACAUUUAACAGAGAGUACAUUAUCGAUUUGUCUCUGUAUCUGUGCACAAUGGCAGCAGAAAGGUUUAAAGCCAUGCACGAAGCAUUCCGAAAGGCAAAUGACCCAGUGGUGUACCUGAGCAGCAAGAGAGAAGAUUUCUUCCAGUGUUUCCAGAUUUCCUGCCAAGGAGCCACUUCUGGCACAACUUUUGCUACUUUCCUUUGUGAAAAAAUUAAACCAGCUCUUCUCCAGGCGGUCUCUAAGAGGACGGCUAAGGACAUCGCUGAGGACAUGCAGGGCCAAUUCCCAGAUUUCCAGGGCAGCAGAGCCAAUCUGGAAGUUUGCAUCCUGAAAUACCUGGCAGAACAGGAAAAUUUUGAGUAUUUCAAGGAGUACCUUACGUCUCCAAAACGGUUUUGUAAAAGUUAUAUUGAGACACAAGUUAGGAAGCACUGUUUAGACGGGACAAGGAGGCUGGGGAUGUAUUUAAAUUCCUCACUUAAUAAUCUCUAUCGAAGCAUCCUGUCAGCUGUUUCUUCAUCAACCCAAAUUGUCAAAGACAGAAAAGACAGGGAAGACAAAGUCUCUCUCUGGCUGGAUGAAUUUUGCAGGCAACUGACAGAGGUGAUCAACUUGCCCAGAAGUGACCUGAAGGGCAUCGAGCACCAGGAGGUCACAGACAUUGAGUUUCUGAGCAGUGCCAUUUCAAAAGCUCUGGAUGACCUGAGGGACAAGAUUAUGAAAGAAUUGGCUGAUGCUGACCUGAGCUGGUUUUCAAGGCAGCCUCACACCAUCCUGGCAGAGCAUUUUUCAGGGUGCUGGGAGCAGUGUCCCUUUUGUGGGGCUGUCUGCACAAACACAAUUCGAGAUCACGAUGGAGACCAUCAGCUGGUCUUCCAUCGCCCAGAAGCUUUGACGGGAUUCAACUGGAAUGAGACCGACCACCUGGUCACUGACAUUUGUUCCAGCCUUGUUGCAAGUGACUGCGCAUUCAGAGUUGGUGACAAUGAAUGGAUCCCAUACAAGAGAUACCGUGAUGCUGGACCUCCUUUUUCCACUUGGAACAUUCUUCCUGAUUCAUCCAUGCAGGCGUACUGGAAGUGGUUUGUGUCUCAUUUCAAGACACAGCUGGAAGCUCUGUACAAUGGGAAAUUUCAGGGUAGAGGAGAAAUCCCUGAGGAGUGGCAGAAAAUUACCAAGGAGGAAGCACUGUCUGAGCUGGAGAAGCGUUAGGCCAUGUCCAUGGGGAGGAGGAACCACAAGAGCUUUGUAGUUUAGGAGAACUUUGUACCAGGUCUCCACAAAAUGAUGACACUCUCAAACCAUGUUCACAUAACAGCAUCUAACUUUUCCCAAGUUCAGAGAAAUAAUGUUACUGUGGCCAUCGCUCAGCAAUGCCUCACUUCAUGAGAAAGCCAGAAUCCUCCUGCCUUCUUGCCUGAUCUUCUUAAAGCACCUUCUGAAGCUCAAGAAUCAGAAAUCCUUGGUU